UUGCUUUUUACUCCAACGUCCGCCUCCGCUCCCUUCCCUAGUUCCCUUCCCCUCUCCCCUGAAACCCCACCUUUGUAUGGGCAAGCGCCUCCCGGCCGCCGCCCUAGCCGCCGCGUUCCGUCCCUACGCCCGCUCUUCCCCCAUCGCCAGUAAGGCAGCGAAGCCACCGACCGCCCCGCUGGAUACGCCCAGGAACGCCGGAGCCGGCGCCGGGGCCAGCUCCGGACGGGCCGAGGUACGGGAUUUGGCGGCGGCGUGCGGGAUGCAAGAGCACGAGCGGGUGCCGCUGGGGGAGGUGGUUUUGGACUGCACAAAGCGGUGGUUCCAGGACUCCCUCAAGGAGGCGCGCGCCGGCGACGCCGCCAUGCAGGUGCUUGUCGGCCAGAUGUACCGCAGCGGCUACGGCGUCAACAAGAACGAGCACAAGGCUAGAAUUUGGAUGGAGAAAGCAUCAAGAUAUCGAUCUACAGUCUGGAAAGUCAGCAAUAAACGCCCAGGAUACAAUGCUAGUGACUCAGACACGGAUGAUAUUCAGGAAACAAGCAAAUAAUGAAAAAUUCUCGGUUGAUGAGAUUACUGCAGUGUCUUCAAGCACUAUAAAACAAGCAGACAACACAAAAUAUUCAAAUAGGCAGUUGUAUCAAGAAAAUUAUCCGCAACCUCAUUGGUUAGCAUGCAAGGGGUUCUGUUUUUUUUCUCUUGUGUUAAAUCCUCUUAUCAUCACAAAUGUAAAAUUUCUCUCUGGUUGUGUUUUCACUGGACAUGUAAAAAAUAUCAUCACUGUAUUCGAUUAUACUGGUAUUAUUCUCGCAUUCCCAUUCUGGCAAUGUUGUGUUUUCUGCA